AUGCUAGCUCCCAACAAUAUCAGUCCGUGGAACUAUGUCAAAGGAAUUAUCGCAAAGUCCAACGAACAAGACAUUGGCGUUCUUGAAGGGGUAUGCAAGAAUCUCGAGGAACAGGGUAUCAUAUCUCCCCAUGCACUUUGUUGUCUCGUCGACAUAUACGAGAGUCGCGCGAAACGUGGUUCAACGGAGGAUAAGGAGUUGGGAAUUAAGACAUGCAAACUUUUGGAAGAGCAACACGAUACUAUUCGUCAUAAAUAUUGGAGCCAUAGGAGACAACUUCUGA